AUGGUGGCUAUUAUUCCACUGGAAUCCCGGGUAAAAGGCGCUAUUUGGGGAAACUGUGUCGCCGAUGCCCUUGGUGGCCCAGUUCAAUUCUUGACACCAGGAACUUUUUCCCCAAUCACAGAUAUGGAGUUGGUAAACCCAGUUCUAGUUGGCUCUUAUUCCGACGACGGCGCAAUGACCCUCGCCCUGGCACAAGCAUUCAUUGACAGUGCACCUAGCAACUACGACCAUGCCCUCGCCAUUCAAUACUUUCUCGAGUGGUGGAAGUUCGGACGUUUCAGCACCGCGGACCAGGCGUGGGAUGUCGGUGUUUCAACGGGCGAGGCGCUUUCCAUUUGGAAGGCGCGCGGCCUAGCCGAUCUGGAGCAGACAACCCAGAUUAUCGCGGACAAGUUGAGGAAGGACGAGUGUUCCGGGAAUGGAAGCCUUAUGCGCAUCGCGCCGGUCGGGGUAGCGUUGUUCUUUAGACCAUACGCGGCGCUGCAGAUUGCAAAGGAGCAGAGUCAGGUCACUCAUCCGUCUCUUGCUUGCGUCGAGGCCUGUCGGUCGUAUACGGGUUUGAUUUGCGGGGCUAUGAGGGGCGCAUCAAAAGCUGAAAUGUGCUCUAUGUUUUAUCAGUAUGUAGGCAUAUUUGAUCAUCCUGUGUUGGCCCAGCGGUUUGCGAGGUACAAGACCAUUUCGGACUGGAAGGCUCGGACCGAGGUCGAUAUCAAGAGCAGUGGGUGGGUGAUUGAUACGCUGGAGUGGCGCCCUGCUGUUGUUAAUCUGGGAGGGGAUUCAGAUACAGCCGGUGCGGUAUAUGGUGCGCUGGCGGGUGUUGUCUACGGGGUUGAAGCUAUCCCUCGGGCGUGGAUGGAGGUCAUAGGGAAUGCAGAAGUAGUUCGAGGGAUUGCCGACAAGUUUUCAGAGCGGGUUGCUUCAAACGUCUCUCGUGGAUGA